GGAGUGCCCACACAACUCUAGUAGCUCACUGAAUUCCAGCGAUGAUGGCGUCGGCGGCUAUCAGUUUCCCCAGGGUUGGCUUGUACCACCACCACUCCACGACUCCCAGAUCCAAAUCUCCUCACGCAUUUUCAAAUCCCAAUCGUUUUCGCUGCGACUUUAUUGCCGGACAAAACGCCACGAGUCUCGGAACCAAGGCCAAGGUAGCUUACUCGAAGCCCCAUCGUGAAUUCUCGUGCACUUCUAACUUGGCGGAGUAUGCCCAGACCACCUCUGCCGUCUAUGGCUUCCUCCUCCUCAGCGGUGGCUACUUUGCCUAUGCUAGAACAGGAAGCAAAGGGUCACUUAUAGGAGGUCUUUCAGGAGCAGCUCUAAUGGCCACUGCUUACUAUUUGAUGCAAACACCAGAGACUGAAGCUCUUGGUGAUGCCCUUGGAUUUGGAUCAGCGUUCCUAUUUGCUUCUGUAUUUGGUAUACGAUUAGCAGCUACUCAGAAAUUUGCUCCUGCAGGCCCUCUCUUGGCUCUUUCCCUAAGUGCACUUGCUGUGUUCAUAACAGCGUACCUUCAAGAUAGUGCUACCACUCUUUAGUUUUUGUCCUUUAGAGAUGCUCAAACUGAGAUAUCGUGUAUUUCUUGUUAAUG